AAUAUUCUGAUCUCAUAAAUUUCCCUGUCCGAAUUAAUCCAUUAAUUAAUUCCUCAGCUCGAAGAAGGAGAAAGAAGGCAAAAAUGGAGGGUCUUCUGCCUUUAGUUUACAGGGCAGUGAAGAAAAGUCGAACUCGCCGGGAAUACCAGCGUCUCCGAUCAGUAUCUACUCCUCUCAUCAACAUGGCCGAGAUCCAUUCUCGCAGUUCCGAGAGUCAUCUUUAUCAGUUUCAGACGCCGGAUUCAACCCAGACGGUGUCUGAGCUUUAUGCAGACAGCCGCAAGAAUCAUCAUCACCGGCGGCACAAAUCGAUCGGAGAUUUUACUUCCGGUGGGUUCUCGUCUUCUCAGCGGCACACAACCAGUGCUGCUCCGAAGCCUCUCGUCCGGUUUAGCAGUCACAGAAGAAUGUUCUCAUGUAUUACUGCGUAGUGUAAGGUCCUUGCAGCUCAACUGGUGCUCCUUCAAGUUAAUUAAUUUAUAUAGUAUGAUGUUAAUGAAUUGAAGAUCCAUUAUGAUGGUUGCAAUUGUUCAAGUGUAGAUGUAUAUAUAUUAAUUUGCUAUGUUUCUUUCAAGAAGCUAAAUUUGUCUGAGUGGUGUGUAAUCAUAAAAAGAUAGCCUUGAAUAAUUUUGUUGACAUUGUUCAAGUUUCUUCCUAUCGUUUUGAAGCUCUUUUCUUUUCUAGCUAAGGUACGUAUGAACAUAUGUUGGAAUACAGCUUCUCUCCA